AUGGGACGAGGACUCCUCACAGCGGACAAGUUCUGGGCUCUGCCGCGGCCAUCCUUGACACGCGAGUCGCACAUGAGAGACUCGCGUGGAUCGGUUCUUUCAAAGACAGGGGUGACGACUUCGACAGCUAGCAAUGUCGACCUGCUCGUGGUGGUGGUGCAGAUGCCAGUUCUGGCAGCGUACUGCUGCGCGAGCGAGUGGGUUCAACUCGCGUCGACGUGUUCGUGGAUCCGCCGUGAACUGCGUGAAGUGACAAGAACCCUCGACUUGGAGCCUGCCGGUGGAGGCGUGAACGACGAACACGUCGACAGGCUCCUGCGGAUGUUCCCCAACGUAUCCAGCGUCUUCAUGGCCGGGUGUAGUGCUAUUACGAAUGCUGGGCUGUGCGGAUUGGGCUUACUACUCAAGCUGCAGACGCUGAACCUCAGGGGAUGCGACCACAUCACCAACGACACGCUGGCUCUGCUUCGUUAUUUGCCCCUACUUUCGGUACUGGACUUGGGCUACUGCAGCCGCCUCACUAGCCUUGCUGACUUGCCACCAUCCAUAACAUCGUUGAACCUGACGAGCUGCACAGGCAUCGACGACCACGCCUGCGCAGACUUGAUCAACCUGCCUGCCCUGACAACACUGAGUUUGUGGUACUGCCACCAGGGCCAGCUCUCGGACGAAGCGAUCAAAUACGUUGGCCAACUCGCCAACUUGACUGCGUUGACGCUAUCCAACUGCAGUCAAAUCACUGACCGUGCCCUCAUGUCGAUCACGCGGUGCUCGAAACUGGAGACGCUGGAACUGGCCAACGUUGGCGACGUCACCGACCAAGGUCUGUGGCAGCUGCAUACGUUGUCGUGUUUGAGGUCACUGGAUCUGUCGGGGUGCUACUCCAUCACGGACGCUGGCACGGCCAUGUUGCGCCACUUCCCGUGCCUCGAAUCGUUGAAUCUCUGGUAUUGCUCCAACCUGACCGACGAUACCGUCACGUCGCUCGUGCAAGGAUCGUCGCGCAUCACCGUUUUGAACUGCAUGAAAGUCCUGCGGCUCACAGACGCUUCUCUGGAACUCAUGGGCGCGCGGUUGCACGCGCUGACCACUCUGGACCUUGGCAACUGCGACGUUAUCACGGAUGCUGGGAUCGCGGCCAUUUCAAACUUGACGCAGCUCGAAAGGCUCGCACUGGCAAGUUGUCCGGGGAUUUCGGACGCUGGUUUGGUCGCGCUAGCGCCUUUAGUAAAGCUCAAAGCUCUCGACGUGUCAAAUUGCCGCCAACUCGGCGACCACGCACUCAGGGGAAUCCGCUACCUCUUGCAAUUGGAAUCGCUUAACUUGAUGCGGUGCAGCCAGAUCACCGAUGUUGGCAUCGUGCACCUCAAGGAUCUCGUGAACCUCCAAACACUGAAUUUGGCAAACUGCCGCCUCCUCACCGACAAGAGUUGUGCCAUCCUGGGCCGCCUUGUCCGAUUGAAAUCGCUGGUAUUGUGGUAUUGCCACGGUCUCACCGACGAGGGCAUUGCCGCGUUGGCCGCGCUGACCAAACUAGAGAGUUUGGACAUUGCGAGCUGCUCCAAGCUCACGAACGCCUCGAUUCAGUGUCUGUCAACGUUACCGGCGCUGGAACGCCUCGACAUGGGGAAUUGCGUCCUCAUCACCGACGACGCCAUGCCUUAUCUCGCCAAGAUUCAAACCCUCAAGUCCCUAAACCUUGCGGAAUGCGCCGAGCUAUCCGACGUCGGCGUUCGGUGCUUAGCGGCGCUGCCUCACUUGAGUUCGAUCAACUUGUGGUAUUGCAACAAGAUCUCUACUGAAGGCGUCGCAUUCCUCGCGCGACAUACGGCCAUCGAUCGCUAA